AUGAAUCCCAAUUUGGGCGAUAUUCCGAUGAGUGUCAGUGCUCGAACACCUGGAGCGCCUCAGGAAAAUUUAGAAGAACGGAACUGCCAUCGAAAUCAAUUAUCUUCUAAUGAUACUGUUGGUCGGCCUUUGGCAAUUUUACCUUUAAAUACCCUCCAUCACGGAAUCGGAUUAUUACCUCAUCUGAACCUUCCACAUCGCGAAGUUGGGACUACCGCACCGUUAGUCAAUAACCAUCAGAAUAAUAAUAAACCAUCGAGUUCAUCGGGAUCUGCUCCAGCAGCGUCAACCAGUACAAUCAAUACUUUGCCCCACGGCGCUGCGGAUGCUAGUGCCGUUGACUUGGCAAGUUUAUUCGAAUGUCCCGUGUGCAUGGAUUAUGCUCUCCCUCCUAUUCUUCAAUGCCAAAGUGGACAUAUUGUUUGUGCGUCUUGUCGGUCCAAGUUAUCAUCUUGCCCUACUUGCCGUGGAAAUUUGGAUAACAUCAGAAAUCUCGCCAUGGAGAAGUUGGCGUCCAGUGUCCUGUUCCCUUGUAAAUACUCUACUACCGGCUGCCCGGAGUCGUUUCAUUAUUCAGCUAAAGCAGAACACGAAUCGUUUUGCGAAUACAGACCGUACGAUUGUCCCUGUCCCGGUGCUUCAUGCAAAUGGAUGGGUGAAUUGGAGCAAGUGAUGCCUCAUCUAAUGCAUCAUCACAAAAGCAUCACCACCUUGCAAGGUGAGGACAUAGUGUUUUUGGCCACGGAUAUCAAUCUGCCCGGCGCCGUGGACUGGGUGAUGAUGCAGUCCUGUUUCGGACAUAGUUUUAUGCUCGUACUGGAAAAACAAGAACGCGUCCCCGAUCAGAUAUUUUUUGCACUGGUUCAGUUGAUUGGGACUCGGAAACAAGCUGAGCAGUUUGUGUACAGAUUGGAAUUGAAUGGUCAUCGACGGCGACUUACGUGGGAGGCUUGUCCGCGGAGUAUUCAUGACGGCGUUCAAUCCGCAAUCGGUGCAUCCGAUUGUCUUGUAUUCGACUCGAACACAGCUCAGCUGUUCGCCGAUAACGGGAAUCUCGGGAUUAAUGUGACCAUAUCACAAGUUCCGGCACCCAUAUAA